AUGUCUCUCUUUAUUUCUAUCCACUGUACCUUCGAACUGCACCUGGCAACUCCCAAUAGUCCUGCUGCUCUCGUCCACACGGAUUCCAAGACUUCUCCCAGUGUCCAGAAUGCCAUGGAUAUAGGAGGGCUGCCGACACUACCGUGUACACUUCCAGGGACAAGCUACGGUGAGCCCUAUGUUUGGAUUCUUCAGCAAUCUACUUACGAGGUUGCAGAGAACCCCAUUCAAAUCGAUACGUUCGGUGACGAAGAGUGUGACUCCAGCCUCUGCCCAGAGAGUCCGCAGCAACCAGGCGAUAGUAUCGACAACGCAAUUGAUCUCGAUGCCGCAACAUCGGCAGCAAGUAAUAAAAAUGCCAUUGACAACCUACCAGACAGAUACCGUCAGACGGAGUGCGCCAUCGAUGGCCGCUCUUUAGAGGAAUACUAA